UACAAGUUCAUCUGUGAGGUGAGAUACCCGAUCUGGUCACAUCGAAAAUUUCACCAUGAAGGCAACGUGGUUGUUGGCGGUGCUCCUCGUACUGGCCUUGGUAGUCCAAGAAUCUGAGUCACGAUGGUGGAGGAAGAAAUCAAAGCCAAGGAAAGCAAAGAAGGCAGCAAAGAAGACGACAUUGUCUUGCAAGAGUAAAGAAUGGACCAUGCGCGGAGCAUACUGCUACAGGGUGUUCACGAAGCGGAUGAACUUCAUGGAUGCGGAGGAGGUAUGUAAGGAUGAAGGAGGGCACCUGGCCAGUAUCACCAGCGAAGAAGAGUUCAGAAGCGUUGGAAAAACGAUGAUGCGAACCAGGCGGAAGGGAUAUUUCCGCGGAGUUACAAGGGCCUGGGUCGGGCUACUUUUGGACGAAUCAGUAGAUCCCCCGAAAUAUAUCUGGACCGAUCGAACGGUGACGAAAUAUCGUCCAAAAAUCGCAGGCGCACUCGGGAAAAGCUUUGUGAAAGAGCUGGCAAAACUCGGAAGACAUCUCAGCGGACAGAAAGGCAAACCAGGGGGAAAGACAGCAGCAUCUAAAGUCGAAGCGGCGAUAUUGGGAAGGGUAUAUUUGAUAAAUAGAGUAUGCCCUAAGAAAGCAAGCAAGAGAUUUCCCUUUAUCUGUAAAGCGGAAGCUUCGACGUGCCCGGAAGGAUGGCGCCAGUGGAAGAAGCGAUGUUACCGGUAUUUCUCCAAGCCUGAUUUGACCUUUGAUGAUGCCGAGAAGUACUGUAAGAAGGAAAGUGGACAUCUUGCAAGUCUUCAUAAUGAUGCUGAAUACGAGAUGCUGCUACAUAUGAUGAAGAUCAAAUCUGGCACCACCUACGGCUGGAUAGGCGUCAUCAUCGACCACAAACAACAAUCGUGGAAAUGGACGGACGGAUCUAGUCCGGGCUACCUGCCAUCCAAGUCCAAGCUUGACGAGAAGCCCAAGGGAGCAAAUGUAGCCAGGCUGAUCUACCACGAUGGGAAACCCGUUGGACUGUAUGAUACCAUCAGGACGAAGAAAUAUGGCUUCUUUUGCAAAAUGGAUAAAGCUAACACAACCACAACAGCCAAGCCUAAAUCCACCACAGCGAAGACAUUUACAAAGUAAUGAUUGGCAAACAACUUGGAGGAAUUUGUCCCUGUUGAGAGAACGGAAAGUCUACAAAACAUAUGGAACUGAGGGAAGUUUUACACUGAAGGCGAUUUUGCGCGUUUGUGUAUGAAAUUCACAGUGUGCAUGGGUGCGAUUUUUGCAAUAUUUUGUUGCAGUGCGACGCGACAAAAGGCACUGUCGCAUGCAUUGAAAUCGCAAGCGGUCUAAGCCUACCCUAUCUUAUUGUGAAUGGUUAAAUUAGGUACACGAUGAAUUGGUGCAUUAUUAAAAUAAUGUCGGAUCUGUUUGUAGGCGUUCUCGGACAUAUUAAAGAUGAUCUGGAAUAAAAA